UGGAGCGGCGCGGACCGGACCGGCCCGGGCUCCGGGGACCGCUGCACGCGCGCCCAGCUGGUGCGCCCCGCCCCCGGUGUCUUCCUCCGCGGCGCGGCUCCGGGGUCCGGGGCUCGUGAGCGCGGCCUCCGCUCGUCUGGCGAUGGCGCACGGGCCGCCGCUCCUGCUCCUGCCGGCGCUCCUGCUUCUGGUCCAGUGGUUCGGGACGGCCAGCUCAGGUCUCCUGCAAGUGGAGAUGGCAGGGAAGACUCAGAAGGUGCUCCUAAAUGAUAAUGCCACUAUUGUCUGCAAAAUCCAUGGUUACCACCAUCUGGACAUCACAGUUAUGGGUAUUACCUGGUAUCGGAAGCAUCAGGCCUCUGCAACAGAAGUUAAACUGUUUGAGUUUUUUGGUGACCAUCAAAUGAUAUUACGAUCUGGAGCCUACGUGUCUGAAAGGAGGCUGCAAAGGGGGGAUGCCUCACUCCAGCUGCCAGGCGUCCAGCUGAGGGAAGCAGGAGAGUACCGAUGUGAGGUGGUGGUCACCCCUUACAAAGCAGUGGGAACAGUCAACCUGGAGGUUGUGGCUUACCCCGUCAGCAGCUUGUCUCCAGAGCAAGCCACGGUGAAAGAAAAUGAAGAACAACUUAUUUUGUGUAUGGCAAGUAGGUUCUACCCCAAGAACAUUACCAUAACAUGGAAAAAGUGGACCCCAAAGGAUCCCCGGUAUCUGGAGGUUUCUGAGGGCAUCAUUACUAAUAGUACCACCAAAGAUGAGGAUGGCACAUUUAGUGUCACUAGUUACUUGAUGGUGAAGCCCUCUUUGGAAGACAAUAUGACUGUCUAUCAGUGUGUGGUAUGGCAUGAAUCCUUGCCAACCUCCCAGAGCCACAACUUCACCUUGAUUGUGACAGAAACAGAGAAGACAACUUCUGUUUGGAAGAACAUUGUUAUCAGCAUUGUAGUAAUAAUCUUAGUAAUUGUACUGGUUAUAUGUAUUUUUUAAGAGAAAGGAACUAUGCCAAACAAAUCCCUUAUCCUCUAAGGUAUACCUUAAGAGCUUCUCCUCAGAACAUCCAAAAUGAUAUAGGAAGGACUGAAGAACUGUAAUGAGGUGCUUUCAUUAUGAUGUAUUCAUGGCUUAUUCACAUGGAAGAACCAUAGAAGAACAUUGGAAAUUCCUACACAGAAAGAUUUCUCAGCGAAUGCAUAAGUACCUGAAAUUACUUUUCCCAGUGGCUUAGGUAGCUUGCCCAAGAGCAGACUGUUCAUUUUCUUUUAUAACUUCCUGCCAAUCAGCUUAUCCAAGCAAAAGAAAGCAACACUUUCCAAAGAAGACAUACAGAUGGACAACAGACUCAUGAAAAGGUGCUCAACAUUACUGAUCAACAGGGAAAUCAAAACCACAAUGAGAUACUACUUCACACCUAUCAGAAUGGAUAGUAUCAGAAAGACAGGAAACAACACAUGUUGGUGAGGAUGUGGAAAGAAGGGAGCCCUAGUGCACUAUUGAUGGGAAUGUAGAUUGGUAGUAGCCACUAUGGCAAACAGAAGGGAAGUUCCUCAAAAAAGUAAAAACAGACCUACCAAAUGACCCAGCAAUUCGACUUCUGAGUAUUUACCUGAAGAAAGUGAAAACACUAAGUAUAAAAGAUCUAUGUCCCCUUAGAUCAUUGAAGCAUUAUUUACAAUAUAUAAGAUAAGGAAACUCGUGUCCAUUGAUGGAUGAAUGGAUGAAGAAAAUGUGAUAUAUAUAUAUACAUAUAAUGUAUAUCUAUAACAUCUAUCAUAUAUAUGUGAUACACAUCCAUCCAUACACAUAUAUAAUGAAAAAUAUAAUAAUAGAAUAUUAAUCAUCCAUAAAAAAAGAACGAAAUCUCCUCAUUUGCACCACCACAGAUAGACCUUGAGGGUAUUAUGCUAAAUGAAAUAGAGAAAGACGAAUACCAUAUGAUCUCACAUUUGGAAUCUAAAACUUCUUUUUUUGAAGAUUAUUUAUUUAUUUAUUCAUGAGGGACACAGAGAGGCAGAGAUACAGGCAGAGGAAGAAGCAGGCUCCCUGUCUGGAGCCUGUUGCGAGACUUGGAGGGCUACUCUCCUCCAUACCACCCUGGAAUCAUGACCUGAGCCAAAGACAGAUGCUGCACUGUUGAGUCACCCAGGUGCCCUCACAUGUGGGCUAAAAACAAAAAGAAAAACCUAAGCCCGUAGCUAACAGAGAGCACAGUGCUAGGUGCCAGGGGUGGUGUGGGUGGAUGAAAUGGGUGAAGGUGGCCAAAAGGUAACAGACUUCUGUUUAUAAAAUAAAUUAUGGGAAUAUAAUAUACACCACGGUGCCUAUAGUUAAUAAUACUGUAAUGCAUAUUUAAAAGUUACUGAGAGUAAAUCUUAGUUUACAAAAACUUUUGAGAAAAAGAUUUUUAUAACUAUCGUGACAGAUGUUAACUGUACUUAUUGUGGUGCUUUUUUGCAAUACAUAACAACUUAUGAAUCAUGUUGUCCACCUGAAACUGAUAUAAUAGUGUAUGUCAAUUAUACCCUUCCCCCCAAAGUAACACUUAGAUUUCUAUACUGUGGCCUGUUUCCAUUUCAAAUUCUGCUGUUCAAUGAGAGUGACCUAUCCAUGCUAAUAUGUGAAUAAACAUAU